AUGUUUACCAAUUCUGCUGUUGAUGAAGUUCCUAAACUGCGAACUGCGAGAAAUAUGGAAUCAUUUUAUUUAUGCUAUCAAUGUGGUGAAACAUUUUGGUCAAAAUCUUCAUACGAUGAGCAUUUAUUUUUACAUCAACUUUUCGAAAUUCGAUCAAAAAAUUUGCUAAACCAUCGGAAUCGUGAAUCAUUCAGUUCUGGAUACAAACCUAGCACAAAAAAAUCAGCAUUUGACGAAAAAAUAAAAAGGCGUAAUACAGUGGAUGUUGUACCAGUAUCGCAGAAAAGUUCAGAUUUAAACGUAUUCCCAAGGCGAAAAAUAACUCAUCCUUUACCUGAUUCACUUAUUAAUAUUUCAAAAAAGCCGAUGAUUUUCAAGAAAUAUCCAAGAAUUGGCGAUCGGACGGAUGUCUUGUUAUCUAAGGGGAAAGAUUCGACCCAAACUGAAGCGAAUCAAGGUUCUAAAGGAAAAGAACCUCAUUAUUUUGCUGCAGAAUCGGUUGUGGACUCCUCCAAACAAUGUGGAGUAGAUUUAAAAAUUUCAACAGCGUCGAAUGACGAUUGUAAUCAUAAAUUUCAACUACAGGAAACCACAAUUACAAACAAAAAUUUAUGCGGGGAUAUUUCGGCUCCUUUAGGUGCAACUAAAAUUGCUGCGCAACUGCUUCAAAAAUGCCUCAUUUGUAAAUAUCGAAGUUCGCAAGGUGGAGAAAUGGUUGAACACGGAAAUGUUAAGAAGACAAAGGAUAAAAAUAAAAAGGCAACACCAUUAUAA